CCGAGCGCCGGCCCGAGAGCCGGGAUUGGCGGGGCCGAGUGGCCAGUCAGAAGGCCGCGCGCGGGGCUAGGGCUGGGCGAGUGCUGGGGCAAGCGAGUGGCUAUGGCCCGUUGGGUGCCCGGGCUCUAUGUUGAAGCGGGAGGGGUGGCCAACGCGACGAGGGGGAGCUGGGUGGGCCACCAUCCAGAGAAAAGCACGAGUAGGGGUUCGUGCCGGUCCUCAACUGGCACGGCGUCCUCGUGGUUUCCGGGGAGAAUGAGAAAUGUGUUUUUGUGGACCCCGCUGGGGGGGGGGCGAAGUUGUUCAGGAGGACAACGGGGGAACUUCCCCGGGCCGCUCCCUGUAGAAAGGCUACCUUAUGGGGGCGGCCUUCCUGUCAGGGACCAGUGGCCGGCCACCUUCAUUCUCCAAACGGACACGCAUGUGCCCAGCAUAGGCUCGUCACCCUGCAUGUGUUUGCCCCUGCCCAGCGAGGUCAGUUUUCUUCGGACGCCUUUCAGGACAGCCUGGCUCAUGUGGUCUGUAACCGGACGCUGACUGUAGGGCUCAGCGCCUUGUGUUUGCAAUUGAGGUGCAUUGCAUAGCGGAUUGACACUGGAAAAGCUAUGGAGCAGUACACGGCAAACAGCAAUAGCUCAACGGAACAGAUUGUGGUGCAGGCUGGACAGAUUCAACAGCAGCAGGGCGGUGUCACUGCUGUCCAGUUGCAGACUGAGGCUCAGGUGGCAUCUGCCUCAGGCCAGCAAGUCCAGACCCUCCAGGUAGUCCAGGGUCAGCCACUGAUGGUACAAGUGAGUGGAGGUCAGUUGAUCACAUCAACUGGUCAGCCAAUCAUGGUACAGGCUGUGCCUGGAAGUCAAGGUCAGACCAUUAUGCAAGUUCCAGUUUCAGGAUCACAAGGAUUACAACAGAUUCAGCUGGUCCAGCCUGGUCAGAUUCAGAUACAGGGCGGACAAGCAGUGCAAGUUCAGGGUCAGCAAGGCCAGACACAGCAAAUCAUCAUUCAGCAGCCGCAGACUGCAGUUACUGCUGGCCAGACACAGACACAGCCACAGAUUGCAGUUCAGGGACAGCAAGUGGCCCAGACAGCAGAAGGCCAGACAAUUGUAUAUCAACCGGUUAAUGCUGAUGGAACAAUUCUUCAACAAGUUACAGUCCCUGUUACAGGCAUGAUCACCAUCCCAGCAGCCAGUUUGGCAGGAGCACAGAUAGUCCAGACUGGAGCCAACACCAACACAACCAGCAGUGGACAAGGAACUGUAACUGUAACACUGCCUGUUGCUGGAAAUGUGGUCAAUUCAGGUGGAAUGGUUAUGAUGGUACCAGGGGCUGGAUCAGUGCCGGCUAUUCAGAGGAUACCUUUGCCUGGAGCAGAGAUGCUUGAAGAGGAGCCCUUGUAUGUAAAUGCUAAGCAGUACCAUCGGAUUCUAAAGAGGAGGCAAGCAAGAGCUAAGCUGGAAGCUGAAGGGAAGAUCCCUAAAGAGAGGAGAAAAUACCUGCAUGAGUCCCGGCAUCGUCAUGCCAUGGCAAGGAAGCGAGGAGAAGGUGGGCGUUUUUUCUCACCAAAAGAAAAAGACAGCCCCCAUAUGCAGGAUCCUAACCAGGCAAAUGAAGAAGCAAUGACACAGAUGAUUAGAGUAUCUUAACCAACUAAAGAACACCACAUCUGGACAAAUACCUUGUUUCUCUGCCACUGUUUCCUAUUCUACCUGUUGAACAAACUUCUGAAUGGGAAAAUCUGCCAUAUGCAUAGCCUGUUCUCUUUUUCAGAACAAAUACCACACUCUCCUUAAGUGGUUUGUCUUAGGAUUUUAACUGCAGUGGACUUGGCAAACAGAAACACCUAUGGACUUUUGUGAUGUACUAAUCCAGAAGCUCAAAGUCUGACUCACCAGGCCUUUAACAUCCUUGACAAUAAUGGUGGCCAAUCUGAAGCGGCCACUGCCUCAGCAAUAACUGGCAUGUUGAAAUAGGUCUAACUAAGCCAUUUGGGAGCCGUCAAUCUUGAACAGACAGGAAUCUGGACAACCAGAGGUGACGUGGCUUUGUUUUCUCAAUGUAGACUUCUCAGUCCCAGCUACACCUUGCAGCCUCAAACUUUAUAUCUAUCUAUCUAUCUGUUUUAGCAACACAACUUUCCACUGUAAAAGCAUCUCCUUUGAUAAAACUCUGAUAUGAUGCUGAAAGUUUUCCUUGAAGUAGUGUCCAAUAUAAAAUGUCACCAACAAUCUAUCUGAAAUAAAAUUAAUUUUUGCAAAGUACUGGGGAAAUGUAAAGUCUUGAGGUAGUGCAUGCAUGUUCCAAGGGAUAGCAGGAAAAUGGCACAGUUACACAAGGAAUAAGCAUGGGGGCAGGAGGGAACAGUGGUUUUGGAGCUAGCAGCGUGUGUUCUAGCAAGUGCUUGUGUCAGUUGAAGCUGACUGACAUGCACUUCCCACAAGCUGAUACAUGCAGACUAUGAUUAUUCUAAGAUCGGAGGAUUAGGUACAGUGCUCUGAGCAUUAGUCAGGAUGAGACACCUGAGUAGGUGCCCUAACUGUAACAAACUAUAUCUUUCUGUAGCUCAGAGUCUGCUUUAUGCCUAGGUACUAAUAUGGUCUCUCAUAAAUUUAAACAAUGAUAUUUGUAAACCUGGCACUUAACAGUUCUUCAAUCUUUGCUUUCUGUUGUGAAAGAUUCCCCCCACCCCACCACACCAUGACUGCUCCAGAUGGAUUUGGACAGCCUGAUAACUAGUUGUUGUGUUAAGGAGCACAAUAGUGCUGUUUGUGCUUGCAGUCUCAAGUUGACAGUUCAAAAUUUGAAGGUAUAUCUGAGAUUCUUUCUUCAAGCAUCACCGAGGUGCCUCUUUCACCUCUCCUCCCAUUUGCUGUUCUUCCCUUUAUAUCUGCCCACUUCGGUCAUGGCCAUGAGGUUCCGUUCUUUUGUGUUCACAGGUUUAUUGUUUAAGCCUGCAGUACUUACCAAGAUUGAGUGGAGGCAAAUUGGGCAUCUUUCAUCUGUCACUAAAAGAUGAGAGGUGAACUGUAUAAUGCAAGCAAUUGCAAGACAGGGGCUGCAUAAAGAGAAAAGGGUCUGGAUGUUCACCACUACUUUUUAAAAAGAGGCAUCAGAACAAUUGCUUGGAUCGUGCAGUGGCUAAGGGAAGGUCAUCUCCAGAAGACUCUGUUUUUAUUGCUUAAUAUGGACAGUUGAGGCAUGAGAAUUAUCUGUGCUACUUAUCAAUUAUUAUCAGAAUUAUCAGUACUACUUAACCCAUUAGAGAUGGCCUGUCCAGUUAGGUUAACUAGAAUGAUGCCGUUUUCAGGCCAGCUAACCAUGAAUUUCAAGUUGAUGAAAAUUGCAGAGCAGAACUGACAUUCAAUGGUUACAUUCGAUGGCCAUGAGCUUGGGCUGUGUAUGGAUCCCCUGCCCUAGUUUAAGUUAUUGGAAUGUGUGCAUUUUUUUCAUUUUCUGUCAAUGGCACCUGUCAUUUUUAAGCCUGCAUGCAGGUUGCAUGUUCCUAAAUGGUGGGUUUUAUUUUUGUUGUCUAAGAUCUCAGCCUUUCUGUUGCAACAACUUUGCAUUUUCACUGUCCUAGCUGCCUUUGAUUACUGCUGUGAUGUUCUUCAGCUAGCUAUUUCAACUUCACCUAGUAUCUCUCUUCACAAGUUUUAAAGAAUUAUACCAAACAUGGGGAUUAAAUGCCUGUUUAGUGAAGGAACUAUGAAAGCUUUUGUUUUGUUUUUCAGCAUCGCUGUAAAUAUAAAGAGCAAUGGUACAUUCAGAGAAAGUGAGAAGCAUGGUGGAGGGUGGGGAAUACUUUAUAUUCUGGGUUAAAGCUGUUUUGCCAUGUUUUCUCUUUCAGCUGUCAGUGUAUCUUUGCAGGCUGGGAUGUUAAGGGAAUCAAGGUUCUCGUAAUUCUUUGAGUAUUGUAAGACCAUAACAAGACAUUUGCAACUUUAAAAGACUAGCUGUUGCUACCCUUCCCCACAUUUAAGAAACAGAAUUGGUCUUUGUGAUUUCUAUGUGUAGAUGAUGCGGACACCUAUUUAAUUUUUGGUCGCUAGACAAUUCCUAUAGUUAGGUUUUUCAAUAAUAGUGUAAAGUGUCCUGAUAGGAGAUAUGAUACCAGUGGCUUAGACUUCAUGUGUGUAGAUCAAACUUAUUUCAAAAUAUUUGUUAAUAUUGGGAGUCUCAAACUACAGUAUUUUCCAAAAUGUCUGUUCCCCAGUAAAAUUUAAAACAAAAAUUGAAAGAAAAAAACCAUAAAACCAAGACAUAUUUAAUUGGGGAUGGACUUGAGGGAUAAAGCUGUAGUGACUUUGAGAAAAGUAUAACUUUGUUUAUUGAUCUAUAAAGCUACUGGAACUUUGAGCCCAUUUAAAGUGGUUUGGUACUUAUGGGGUGAAGUAGCAAUCCCCAAGUGAAGCUAAACUUUUUCAAAUAUUUUGCAUGUUGAAGAAAUCACUUUUGGUUGUAUAAAUGGCAUUGGGGGGACAUGGAUAUUUGUGAAAUGUAAGGCAAAAUUUGUAAAUAGUUCAAAAGUUUAUAAUUUUUUUAUGCUGCAUUUUGAAGUGUAUUUUGUCUUUAAUAGAUACAACUGUAAGUACUGUGUACACUAUUCAGCCAAUAAAACAUUUAUAAAAUAA